CCUGCCCCAACGCCACUUCACCUCUCCCCCUCCCUGCAACUUCAAUGGCAGACCCCUUCGUGCAUAGAUUCUACAGCCAGAGCCAACCUUCUGCCUCCAAACCCACCAAGCGUGCAACAGCUACAUCCUCCACCUCAUCUCCGCGACGUUUUCCUUGCCUCUACUGUCCUCGGGAGUUUGACACCUCUCAAGCCCUCGGCGGCCAUCAGAAAGCUCACAGGGCCGAGCGAGCCGCUGCUGCUCGGCCAAACUUUCCCGCCAACAACCUGCAGGAAUACCGCCUGCUUCCUCUGUUCCCUGCUUAUCCACAGCAACAACCCACCUCAUCCAUACCAUUUCCCCACUGUCCGGGCAUGUGUCACCCCGUGGGUGCAGCCGUGUUUGCUGAGAAGUGGCCGGAGCCCAUCCAGCCGCAGCCGCAGCCGCAACCGCAGCCGCAGCAGGACCCGAACCUUGCUUCCAGCUCGGUCCCUCGGAGCUUUCUGGGCGUUUCGACUGCUCAUGCUCUCUCCACUACCACUGAUGCGGAUGAUUCUGCCAAUAUGGACCUCACCCUCCGCCUGUGAAGGCCUUCAGACUGAAUGGUGACGAAGAUAUAUAUAUAUAAAUGCUGGUUUAUUAAUAAAUUGGGUUUUAAAGUUUGAUGAUGAGAGUUUGUUGGCAUUGAUUCCCUAAUUCUAAUCCUCCCCAGCAUUGGAGUGGUCUGUGCAGCAGGAAACACUAUUGUUGUUGAUAUGUGGACUGGGGAGAAGUGUUUCCGGCUUAAUUAAUGUGUGUGUAAUGUUUUAUGGGUAGGAGUAUACUCCAUUAGUAAAGAAUAUUUUGCUGU